AUGGAAGCUGUCAGUGUCACUGAUCCAUCACUUCCUCCGUCAGAAGUUCAACAAUUUGAAGAACUUCUAUCAAAAACAAAAAGCAGUGAUAUUGAUCCGUUUGAUAAUGAUGAGACUGAAUUGAGAUUCUUACAUUCCAAACCAACAUGUUUUGUUGUCAUUGGUAAACCUGGAUCUGGAAAAACAACCUUAGCAAGAAGAUUGGCUGCAGAAUGGAAAUGUGAAAUAAUUAAUCCCACUGAUCUGAUCCACCAGUCUGUUGAACUGCAAACUGAAAUGGGAGUGAAGUGUCAUGAACUACUAGUGAAGGGGGAAGCCAUUCCUGAAAGUGUUGUCAUCAAAAUGAUAGAGGACAAGAUUAACUCCCCAGAGGUUGCCCAUCAUGGAUAUGUUUUGGAUGAUUUUCCAUGCUUGUCAGAGGAGUCUAUGAGCUUGAAGGAUCAGCUGGAGUUGGUAAAGAAUUGGAAAUUAAAGCCAGAUUUUAUCAUUAACUUAAAGAUUCCAGACCGAGAUUUAGAGCGACGUCGAACUGGGCAGCGUAUUGACCCAGUGACAGGGGAAAUCUACACAAGAGAAGUCUAUAACCCAGACAAACCAGCAAAGGAGCCAGAGAAAGAUGAAGGUGAUGAGGAAGAAGAGGAAGAGGAAGAAGCAGAGGAAGAAGCUACACCUGAAGAUGGUGAAGUGAUACAAGAACUGCCCACAGAUGUACUGGAGCGACUUAUCAAACGUCCAGAGGACUUACCGUCUCAGGUGGAAGAAAAUAUACGCAAGUACAAGAACAACAUGCUCAGGAUUCUGGAGGACUACAUGGCUGAUCAUGAUCAACAAUACCUCAUAGAGAUGGAUUCAAACCAGUCAAUUACUGUUUUAUUCAAGCAACUAUUGUCUCGACUGGAUUGUUUUGUACUGAGGAAAGCAGCUGUUCCUCUUCGUCUCCACGACCCAGAAGAAGAUGAAAUUCCUGAGGACAUUGAUACUGAUGAACUGAUGAGGACACUUGGAUCAAAACAGAUGGUGGCACCACGCUACAGGUGGAGACGGAGUCGCUGGCUUCGGAAUUGUCCAGUUGCACUGUAUGAGGGAAACAUCCUACCAGGAAAACCAGAAUAUGCUGUCAGUUUCCUGGACAAAGUUUACACCCUGUCCAGCGCGGAAGCACUAGAGAAGUUCCUGAAGAAUCCUCGACCCUACCUGAUGCCUCCUCAACCUCGUCCUCCCUGUAAACUGUCAAUCUUAGGACCUCCUCUUUCAGGAAAGACAACACUGUCUCACCUUCUGGCUCAAAAGUACAAUGCUAAGGUACUGGACAUGGAUGAACUCAUCAAACCUAGAAUGGAGGAGGAAAAGGAAAAGUUAAUCCAGCAGACCAGGGAUGAAACUACGGAAACAGCCUUGACCUCUGUCAGACAGAAGAUCAAAGAACAGUUUGAAGCUGAAGUGGCUGCCAGAGAGGCAGAAGAAGAAGAAAGAUUGGCUAAACUAAAUAGAAAGGCAGUUGAGACAGGUUUGGAAGAAGAAACCGAGGAAGCAGAGGAUGGGGACGAUCAAGAAGACACAGAAAAAGAUGAGAGUAAGGAUAGUGACGAUGAGGAUGAAAGUGUGGGUCAGAAAGAAACUCCCACUGAUGGAGAAGUCACUAAAACGGAAGGUGAAGAAGAAUCUGGAGAAAAAGAGGAGGGAGAGGAGGCAAAGGAAGAAGAAAGUUCUGCAGAGCAGGAAGGAGAGAAGAAGGAAGAAGGUGGUGAGAGUGAAGCCAAGGAAACUGAAGAAGUGACUGGAGAGACCUCUACAGAUAUCCCCAUCACUGAAGGGGAGACAACUGAGCCUACUCCACUUCCUCAGAAGGCCCCAACUCCAGUCAUGCCUGAAGUGGAUGCCACCCACCCUGAUGUUAUUGCUCUUGUGGAGGCUGCCGUGAAGGAUAUAGAAAAACAGCCUGUUGUCCUACCUCCAGAGGUGUACAUAGAGGUGAUGGAUAAUGCCAUCAAGGAGUCCGAGAGAAACAUGAGGGAAAUGAAAUCUGAGGGACCAAUGAAUGGUGGGUACAUCCUCGACAACUUUCCACAGAAUCGAGACCAGUGGACAAUCUGUAUAGAGAAAAAUUUGAUGCCAGAUGACAUCGUUGUACUGAAGGAUUCAGAUGGAGGGGACUUCCUGCUGAGGCGAUAUUAUACUCUCAACAAGGAAGACAUUGACCAAAAAAUUAAAAACAGGAAGGCAGAGGAGGAGCGUAAAAAGAAAGAGGCUGAAGAGGAGAGAAAACGAAUACUGGAGGAGGAGAAACGUGCAAAGGAGGAGGCAGAGAGAAAAGCUGCUGAGGAGGAGAGGUUAAGAAAACUAGAGGCAGGAGAAGGUGAAGAAGGGGCUCCUGAAGGAGAGGGAGCUGAAGGGGAGGCUGCAGGAGAGAGUGGUGAAGGUACUGAUGAAGAAGAAGAUGAAAAAGCAGAAACUGAAACAAAGACAGAAUCAGAGGAGCCUAGCAGCGUGAAGGAGGCUGGUGUGCGGAUAGAAGGCGAUGAUGAGCGUGUACCAGAUGGACCAGAGAUGGAGGAGUAUAAGGAGAAGAGGAAGGACUUUGAUCGGGAGUUCCCAAAUGUCCUUAAUACCAUUUCUGGUUCCAGCAGUAUUGAUCCCAUCUCUCUGGACCUGGAGAGCAGGCCUAUCGAGGAAAUGUUGUCAGAAACAACAACCAGCAUGGAAAAGAGUUAUCAGUACCAUGGCUGGGAAUACUCUGGUAUGGAUGUAGACGAGGAGGAGGAAGAUUUAGAGGCUGAGGCUGCACUACAGGCUGCUGCAGAAGAGGAAGAGGAGGAGGCAGCAGAAGAGGAAGAGGACCCCAACAGAAACAAGAAGAAACCCCUCGGAGACACCAACCAGUUUUGUCCUGUUGCCCUCAAGGAAAACAAUGUCUUAUUUCCGGGUAACCCAGAGAUUGCUGUGAAGUACAGAGAGAAAGUUUAUUAUGUGUCCAGUGCUGAGGCACGAGAGCGUUUCUUAGCCAAUCCAGAGGAAUAUCUCCCACAUGGCAAACCUUUUGAUACUCCUCCCGUAAGGUUGCUGUUCCUGGGCCCCAGGGGAGCUGGUAAGUCCAUGCAUGGCAGAUACCUUGCCCAAAAACUUGGCCUUUUCCAUAUCUCCUUCAAGGACCGCCUCCAAGAACUUAUUAUCCAUAAAACGAAGAAACGGGUCGGCCCUGAGUAUGCUGAGGAGAAUGAAGAGGAACCUCCAGACGAGGAAGAAGAUGAUGAAGAGGAAGCGGGCAUCACUGAUCCAGAUGGUGUGCCUGUCAAGAAAGAGGAGGAGAAGAAAGAGGAAGAGGAGAAACCUGAGGAGGAGGAGGUAGAGUUCACUGAAGAGGAGGAAGCUAUUAAGGCAAACCUUGAGUCUGAAGAAGCUUUGCCAGCCGAAGUCCUGGAUAACAUUGUUCCUCACUGGUGGCACAAGGAACCCUUCAAAUCUACAGGGUUCGUCUUGGAGGGAUUCCCUCGUACAUCAGAGGAGGCGAAAUACCUAGCAGAAAUGGGUCUGUUCCCCGACGCAGCCGUUAUCAUCACAGUGGAAGAUAGUGAUGUCAUCGGUAGACUACUUCCACCGAAGCUGGAGCGUUGGUGUGUAAAGCGCGACAAACGCAUAGCCAAGAGGGAAAAAAAGAGGGAGAAAGCAAAGAAAAAGAAGGAUGCUGCUGUCCAAAAAAGAAGAGAUGAGUUGUUGAAGGAACAAGAGGAAAAGAAAAAAGAAAGACAAGCUCAGAGGGCAGCAGAAAGAGAGGAUAGGGAUGAAGAAGAAGAAGAGGAGGAGGAAGAAGAAGAGGAGGAAGAAGAAGAGAUGGAUAUUGAAGCCAUGUUGGCAGAAGAAUUUGAGGAGGAAGAAGAGGAGGAAGAGGAAGAAGAAGAAUUAGAGGAGGAUGCGAAGGACAGAAUAAGGAAUGAACUAAAUGAAGUUUUUGACAAUGAUACCAACAGACUAGCUGGUGUACAGGAAGCACUAGAGGAAAUCUUAGUCCCACGACUAGACUUAGAUGGAGGACGUAAGCCACACAUUGUGCGCUAUCUCAUGACAAAGAAGCUUAAACCAUAUGUGCAGUAUAGACACAGCAUGUUUGAAAGAGUAUAUCCUAUUGGAGAGAAACUGGCCAAGAAGAUGUUACAAAGUGGAUACAAACAGCCCAGUAGAUUUGGGCGAUGGUGUCCGGUCAAGAUCAAGGAAGGAGACUGUAUCCAGCCUAUGUCAGGGCCAGGCUACCCUACCUAUCCCUGUUUGUACCGCAACCACAUCUUCUUCCUCUCCUCAUUGUCUGCCCGCGAGGACUUUAUCCAGGACCCUAUGACAUACCUCACCCAGCCCACACCCAAACCAGUGGUACCAAUCAAGAUGGCUAUCAUUGGGCCACCAAAGUCAGGCAAAACUACAUUGGCCACACGGUUUGCUGAAUCCUAUGGCUUGGUGCGGUUGUCUAUUGGAGAGGCGAUGAGGAAGGUACUGGCAGAACAAUCUAAAACAGACCUGGCCAGACAAAUGAUCAAAUACCUGCUCAAGGGCUACACUGUACCAGAGGAGCUGGCUGUCCAAGCUUUAGAUGUCUGCCUCUUAGAAAUGAAAUGUCAGACAAGGGGGUACAUUCUAGAUGGCUUCCCCCAGACUAAGAAGCAAGUUGACCUGAUGACAGAACGCAGCAUCAUCCCUGUACGUGUAGUGGAGCUGGAGCUUGAUGGCAAAGAGGUUUUGUUGCGUGGCAUGAAAGACCGCAUGGCACCCACCAGGACAAUGCCACUACACGACAGUUCUCAGAUCCUGGCAGUGAAGAUGGCAGCUUACAAUAAGGAGAUUGCUGCUGUACGGGAGUGGUACAAGUCACAACACAUGAACUAUAUCCAUGUUCCAGGCGAGAACUCUAAGUGGUGGAUGUGGAAUAAGGGUUCAGAAAUAGCUAGUAAAUCUGUCACACAGAUACAGACCUACCUCCAGAGGGUGUCUGAUGGUAAAUCUGCAUCCAUUGCUGACAUGUGCAUUACACCCAAUGAGUUCCUCCAGAGGGUGGGCGACUUUGGCCAGUACUGUCCUGUCAGUUUGGCCCUCCGAGGAGAACUUGUGGACUGUUCCACGAUGCCAACAUUGGAGUUUGCUGCUGAGUUCAGAGGCCAUUAUUACAAGUUGGCUGGUGCUGAGGAACUUAGAAUGUUCCUGGCUGAACCAGAGAAAUAUGUUCCACCCCUGGCUCCUAGGAAACUCCCAGCUAAGGACCUACUCCCGAUCCGGCGAUUCCCUGAUGAAGUGCGAGCAUCACAGGAAAUAGAGGUCAAGGGAUACUGCCCAGUCACGUUCUUAGAUGGCAAGUGCAGAUACGAGGCAAUAAUUCCAGGCAAUUCUGACCUUAUUGUGGAAUACAGAGAAAAAUUUUAUUAUAUGGAAAACGAAGUAAAACUCCUUAAGUUUAUGAAAUUACCAGAGAAAUACUGGGAUCUUCAACUGCCACACAAACUUCCACCUGCGAAGGAGACCCUGACUGUCACUAAUCUACCCAUGCUUGGCUACAUGGAGCAGACUGUUGCAACCUCUCUCAUCAAGGCAAUGACAGCUGUUGGAAACUUCAAACCUAAAUAUCCAUUCUUGAGUCCCAGUAGAUCUUCAUUGAUCUAUGUAGCUUAUCAUCUUAAAGCUUUCAACCCCAAAAGUUCCGACUACAUCAGGAAGAAGUAUAAACAGAAAUUGAAGCAGUUUGAAGACACCUGUAGGCUGAUCAAGUACUUGGGAGACAAUAUGACAGUGAGAUAUAGGGAUCCCACAGAACGACCUGGAGAUUUUGAUACAAAAUUAGAAACAUUCUUUGCUCUGCGUGGAAUUGAACCGACAGCAACAUGGGUGGCGUGAGGAAUUCAUGUGACAGUUCUGUGAAAAAGAAUGUGUAUCAAUGAAUGUAAAUGUGGACAGAAGAAUUCUGGAAUUGAAUGUCAUAUGUAUCCAUACCAAAUGGAAUAUUUAUUGUUCUUGACAAUUAGACAUUCAUAGACUCACUAGCAUUUGUGACAUUUAUUUGCAAAAAAAAACAGUUCUUUACAUUCUCUGAAAAGUUUGAUGCAAAAACAAUGGAUUUACCGAAAUUGAAACUCUUUACAAUUUGGCCUUAGUUUCAUAAUAU